UAGUGUAUAGGAAUGUAAAAAUCUCAAAAAACAAUACCAUGAGGCCCUGAAAUGUCAAAAGCUAACAAAUAAACCGCUAUAAAAACAACAACAAUAUUAAUAACACCAAAAUAUUUCACUGCCUCUUUCUCUUCAGCUAUUGUGGAUGAAGGUGCAAUUUCACGUAAAAACACAACAGCCGUAAGACAAACAACAAAAGGAACUAUAGAAAGCAAGAGUAAAAAAGUUGAAGUGUCAUUUGCAAAAAUAUCAGUAAAUAUAGCUGUACUUAAACCCACAUACCCUUUUUAAACUCGCACCCGCAUAAAUUUUAAAUGUUUUUAUUUUGACCCGCCCCGCCCCGCAACCGCAUAUUUUUAAACUCACACCGCCCCGCAUGUGUCUAAACCUGCACCGCCCCAUUGCCAUCCCUGUUAGCCCUACCAUAAAAAAGAUGAGUAACAUAUACGGAGUAAAACUUACUUAAAAUUUUGAUUUACGUGCAACCCGGUUUCAGAGCCUCAAAUGAACCUUUAACAACAGUAUCACUAUUAUUUCAACUUCAGCUCAAAUAUUUUUUCUUUUUUAAAUGCCGAGAUUUUUUCUUCCAGUUUCUUACUCUAAUUAGUCUUGCCCUCGCCAAAAACAAGGCGUGUAUGUAAUUUUCUAGGAUUUAAGCCAAUUGGUUAGAAGGUUUCUUUAACCAAGGGAAAACCAUUUCAAUAGGAGCAUUUUUUAGAAAAAGCUAUCUGCAUAUUUUCCGGAGAGGAAAGAAUGUGCUAAGCUUAAGCUUACCUCUAAGAAUAGUUUACUUGUUAAAAGCAAAAAAACUACAAUAUAAACAGUCAAACGUAAGUGAAUCAAUACACAGCCAUUUUAGAGCUGCGACAAAGAACAAUGAUUAUCAAUGAUUCCCUAUGUUAAUAAGAAAGGGACUCAUGAAAAGUUCCAUGAAGAAUAUCAAUGAUUAAUCAAUCAAUUAAUUACGCCUUAAAUUCCAGACUAGUUAAUCGACUAUGUGAGUCUUUCACCUCUCUAUUCAGAUCCAUUUGACUUCGAUAUUAGUAAAUAAUUUGUCCGUUAAGACAGAAAAGCUUUUGGGAUUCCUCAUAUUUCAAGAGUCCAACAGUCAUGUAAUACACCCAAAAUAAUAAUAAUAAUAAUAAUAAUACUCAAUAAAGAGGCACCAGAACUUAGCCUGUGAAAAUUUCAUACCUGUAAAAGCAAAACCCUGUAAUACUUAUUCCAAAACUUUGACCAUAUAUAGCAAAAAUUCUUACUUCAACAACGUUAUUUACUCAUCAAGUCAGUUACUUCUUUUGCAAUUCACUUCUUUAUUCUCCUAGCUUACUUUUUCAGAUAACCUGGCAGCUAAAGUCUAGUCUAUGCAACUGCAUAAAUUAAGAUAUAGGCAUCAGGCAGGAUCACUUAACAGUUUUCCCUGAUUUUUGCUGCCAUCAAAGUAAAGACAAAUAGUUCAACUGUUCAAUCAAGGCAUUUUAGUGCAGUAUAGAUCACUGCAUGUAAAGUGCAGCACAAUACCUCUUCCUAAAUGAAAACUUAUAGGAAAAUAAAGUGCAAGUGGGGUACAAAACAGGAGAAAAAAUAAAGCAUGUAGAGUUUACUAUUUCCAGCCUAUUGAGAUAGGUUUAGGCAAACACCUAUGCCGCAUGAAGAAAUGAGCAAAAAGGGCUUAACCACAUGAAGAAAAACAGAAUCAACUUUUUGGCAAACAAGAUUAGAUACACUUGCAUUUUGAGCAUGUAAACAUGAUAAACAUCAGUAAUAUCAAAUUUACAACCUAAAAAGGUGCAUUAUCUGAGGGGAGACGCACGCACAGGGAAAUUAGAUUACUUUCUGCAGUGUAUGUGAAUCUACAAAGCCAUAAUUUAGUAAAAACUUUCACAAUAUGAUAACCAACUGAUGCUGGGAUAAAACUCAAAAAGAUUAGUCAGAAAGCUUCAACGGAAAGAUGUAGUCUUCACUUUCCCAGCAUAUGCCAAUAAAGCAAACUAAACAGCAUAAAAGGCCCUGUUACCAAGGUUUCAAGAUAUGAAAACCAAACAAGAAGUACCAUGAUAUCCCUACGUGAUGUCUACCAUGUCGUGGCAGCCACUAUCCCUUUAUAUGUCGUCAUGAUCUUAGCCUAUAUUUCUGUAAGAUGGUGGAAACUCUUUUCACCAGAGCAAUGCUCUGGCAUCAACAAGUUUGUGGCGAAAUUUUCAAUACCUUUAUUAUCCUUCCAAGUGAUAUCAGAAAGCAACCUCUACAAAGUAAAUCUGAAGCUUCUAUUAGCAGAUUUCAUACAAAAAAUUCUUGCUCUCUUUCUACUGGCAGUUUUUGCCAAACUGAAGCCCAGAGGAAACCUGACUUGGAUCAUAACAGGUCUUUCGGUUUCAACCCUUCCAAACACCUUAAUCUUGGGGAUUCCACUAGUAAAGGCCAUUUUUGGUGAUGCAGCAGCAGAACUACUAGUGCAGAUAAUUGUACUACAGAGUUUAAUUUGGUACAACCUCCUACUAUUCUUGUUUGAGCUCAAUGCAACUAAAGAAUCUUAUGUGCCAUCACCAUCGGAAGUAGCAGUUGAGCUCGAGGUCCCUGAAGAAUCAGAACUAGAAGAGGACAGGGAGGAGGAAGCAAAAGCCAUAUGCCCGAGGAAGACAAAGAUUAUGCUAAUUCUUCUAACAGUUGGAAGGAAACUCAUAAUAAAUCCUAAUACACAUGCAACUCUUGCGGGUAUUAUUUGGUCCGGCAUACACUUCAGGUGGGGAAUCAAUCUACCAACAAUUGUUGGACGAUCAAUAUCAAUACUUUCAGAUGGAGGGCUAGGAAUGGCAAUGUUUAGCAUAGGUGUUUUCAUGGCAUCCCAAGCUAGUAUUAUAGCAUGCGGAACCAGAAAAGCAAUAUUAGCAAUGGCACUAAAGUUUGUUCUUGGACCUGUACUCAUGGCAAUCUCAUCUAUUGCUGUUGGACUAAGGGGAAAAUUGCUAAAAUUGGCGAUAGUGCAGGCAGCCCUUCCCCAAGGAAUCGUUCCUUUUGUGUUUGCCAAGGAAUAUAACAUACAUCCUACUAUCUUAAGUACAGGGUACCAGAUAGAACUAUCAACUCGAACUUUUAACUUCUUCACUAAGAACAUUUUAAGCAGAUAUGAUUUUUGAUGUGGUUUCAUUCUGAUUGUAGGGUAAUCUUUGGCAUGCUGAUCGCAAUACCAAUUGCUUUGGCAUACUAUUUCCUUUUGGAAAUAUGAAACUCAGACAUGGUCAUGGGAUAGCAGAUAUUCACAAAUUCAAAAGAGAGACAAUUUGUUCUCUUGUAACAUCAUUCAACUGUCGAGUGAUUAUAGUAAAGAAAAAGGCAAAAAUCUUAGUGAAGUAUAGUUUUUUGUAUAAAAAUAAUAAAGGAUGAAUGUGUGUCGAGUUCACUUACCAACUCAUUUAUUAUAAAACAUCAGCUAGAAUGCAUAAAUAAAUCCAGUACAUGCACUAUCUGGUCAAUGCAGAGUGUCCAAGUUCAAAAUUUUCAAGAGAAAGAGGAUUACAUGAACAAUAUAAAUGACCGUGAACAAUAUUGUUGAGAACACGUCAAUUUCAACAACAAAACUAAUGAGUUCUCAGAUAAUCAAAGAGAGCAACAAGGAGGUGAUCUAGGCCGUGAAACUUUAAGAUAAUCAGCACACAUUUGAACGACAAAACUAAUGAGUUCACAAGUAUAGCAUCAUAUAAAUUGAUGUCAACCAAAAAGGAUAUGUAGGUACUACAAAUGAAGUAAAUACUAAGACUUUGACAAGGAAAAAAAAUCACAUUCUGCAGAUUAAGAGCCCGUUUAGGUUAGCUAAAUAAAAGUAAAGCACUUGGGCUUAAAAGCACUUUUUAAGUGUUGAAUCUGAAAAUAUGCAGUUGAUGUGUUUGGUAAAACUGUGUGGUUAACACUUUUUUCUGUUAAAAUGACAAAUGACAUUACAGUUGUUAACACUACAAAAUGGCAAUGGUCCACCAUAUCCGAUAAUAACACUUGAUUGAGCUAAAAUAGUUAAAACCUUAUUCCAUAAUUCCUCACACUGCAAAUAUGUCCAACUCCAAAGUCCAAAAUACAAUAUUACUUACUAAUUUGCAAAAGAAAAUACAAGAAUUAAAUAAAUUCACUCACUCUGCAUCAUAUCCUUUCUCUUGUAGCUCAGAAAUGACUUCAUUCCUCAUCCUGAUCCACGGCUUGAAGGCUUCUUGCUCAAAUUUCUUAUCCUGCAAUACUUUCUGAUAAUUAAACGAAUCUUUAUCAGAUUCAACGAUUCCUUUAGGACCAAUUGUAGUACCAAUCAUUCCACCUUUGGCAACGAACUCUUCCAUGGCCUUCUCGUCCCCUGGAUAUGGAAAUUUACGGCGUUCGUAAAGUUGUGGUAGUUCUUUUUCUUCUUUGGGCUUUGGCUUUAAGGUCCACCAACCAAGCGGCGACGUUUCAUUCCACACCCAUGCUACCCCGAACAACGUGUAAGCA